AGCUUUUCAUUACCGAGCUUGACCUUGAAUCAACGCAAUCGGGAAUCUCGCUACGACAAUGCAGCACGUCAACGUUUUCGAGCGGGUGAUAGAGUGGGACUUCCUCGUUGGGGGAUACAUGCGUGUUUACAGAUGGAGGCUUCAUCGGGUUGAGGAGUUUUUCGGUGAUGGUUGCAUCGGAUUCAUUGCCAUCCAAGAUGUUGCUGAAGCUUGCAGACGGGAAGGAUUCUCGGCAUCCGGUAUAUAGGGGUGUGAGGAGGCCCUGGGGCACAUGGGUGACCGAAAUUCGAAGAUCGAAGAAGACUCGCAUAUGGCUUGGAUCUUUCGAAACAGCGGAAAUGGCCGCAAGAGCCCACGACACGGCAGCGUUGAGUCUGCGAGGAUCUAGCGCUCACUUGAACUUUCCGAAACUGGCAAGUUCGCUUCCUCGUCCACACGACCUAUCGGACAAGUGCAUACAAGCCGCUGCCAACGAAGCGGCGAAGAGGUUCUCACUGGAAGUCACAUCUCAAAGACAAUUCUUCAUGCUAGAUGCGACUGCAUCGUCAUCAAUAGCUGAUUCUGCUAACCCUCAUUCUCAUUGCAAGCUUCAGGCCAUCGCUGUUCCCAACUCCUUGACCAGAAUACCAAUGUUAACAACGUGUAAUGCUGAGCCUGAACAUCCAGAGGAGUAUUUUUCCAGUAAGCGGACGAAAUUACCACUACCCACCACUCCACCAAAUCCGAGCAAUUAUAGAGAGAACAGCGUGCGAGCAUUAUUUCUUUCUCCACGGUUUGAAAGACAAGAAGAUGUCCUUUUACCAAUGAACGCAGUCUCCUCGCAUUCCACAAUGGCUUGGCAAGAUCUCGGCACCAGAAUAGCAAUUCUAUCUUAGGUUUGCAGUUCUCAGACCAAUCAGUAAUUACGAUGACGUGUCUAGGACCUUCACAAAUAGCGAUGUUAGCCGAAUCAUACUGUCAAGUCGUUGGCGAUGAAGUCACGACUUACAACUGGGAGCCUCGUCUAUGGAGCUUUUAUUCAAACGACAAUGCCUCAAGGUCGCAGAUCGGGUGGGUGCUCGACUCAUAAGCUACACAACAUCCGUCGAUAAUUGUGAGUUUGUAUCCAAGCCGUCGAAAUCUGUAGCAUGCAUCCAGAGCUAAUCAGGAAACUGUGAGAGCCUACAACUCCUGAAAUUUGGAUUGCUAUGUUUACAGAGUGAUUCAGUACCUACUGAGGCUCUCAUUGAAGACAAACUGGGCGUGUAGUCGAGUCAUUCCUCGUUUGCACAAGCUUCGGAGGCGUACAGGCAGGAAUUCAGUAUCCUUCAUCACCGUAACUUAAGCUUGAACUAAGACCACAAUCCUGUCUGAGCAACACAAUGACACAGAAGAUACAGAAUUGGGCGGUGUGCUGCGGCGAGCAUUCAUCAACAGUAUUCCACUUUCUACAGGGAAAUAAAGCAUCAGAAACCCAAUAGGUACCAAUCGUGUUAUCUAAACCUUCACAUGUUGACUGUCGGUGUUGGACAAAGCUUAGGUCGAUGUGGCUGUCACUCAUAAGACUUGUCAAGUUUUAUGGUGAGAAAAAUUAUGUCAACGUGCAGUUUUAGUCUCAAAAGAUGUCAAGUAUAAUUUUGUGCUAGUUUCUGUUUCUAGUGAUUCUGUAUUCUGGUAUAAUAGAAGCUGUCGCUCUGAACAUAAAAGGAUUGAUUGCAGGUCAUGUAUUAGUAUAUGAUAUUUAUGUGAUCCAUAGCAAUCAAUCAGAGUGAGUGAAUUUGAUAAUUUCUUUGAGUAAUCGAAAAGAUCAGAUGUUCAGUUA